AAGUCCUCGUCACCAUGGCUUCCAUCCCCAUCAUCAACCUUCCCGACGAUGAUGACGAUUCACCCGUUGUCUCCCCUCCUUGCCUACCAAGCAUCACUUUCGACGGCGAUGACGACGAUGUCACCAUGCCGACAUCGAUGAGAGAACGGACCAGGACAUCAUUGACUACAGUUAAGAUAAUUUCGGAUAACAUCAUUUCGACUGGAGACGUAAAACGUAGACAAUCUAUAAUCGAGAUCGAAGAAACUACCGUUACCCAGCAGUCCUUUGCGAUCGUACCCAAGCUACUUUCGGACGACUAUGGCCUUGUAGUCCCACCUGUAUCAAAUCGACGUCGUAUUUCGGUCGUUCAGUGGAGGGAUAUCAACUCAUCACUCUUCGAUAACAGGAUCAAGUUUGAAGAUAUUAGUUCUGAUGAUGAUAAGAUGACGAAUAGCGUCAUCAGACCAGGAUUACGUAACAUCGAGGAUACUUUCUGGGAUGGCAAGAGGGCAUUGAUUCCUGACUAUGACGUCAUGGAAAGACUUGAUCAGAUUGUGAUAAAUGGUCCAAAGAUACCACAGACCGAUAUGCAAUCACUUGUUAACAAGCUAACCGAUACGGCUACAGGAGAACUUGAGAAGUUCAGAAUCAUUUUUCGCUGGAUCUCACACAACGUAGCUUACGACAGUGUGUUCCUGAACACCGGGACAAGAGCCGAUCAGUCUCCAGCUACUGUCUUACAAACCGGUGUAGCCGUAUGUGAAGGAUUUACAGAGCUGCUCUCCGAAAUGUCAAAGUAAGGAAACGAAAUAGUAUAUCGAAAUUGCGCUUUCUAGAAAUGGAUUUUAAUUAGCUUCUUGACACAUUGGGCCAUUUUUUUUACUCGACGUGAGGUUUUGUGAGUUUAAUCCUAGUAUGAUGUAGAGUUCAUUAAAAGGAGUUGGACCAAAUUCGAAGUUCUUCGUUUCUUCUGUUAAACAUAAUCCACCAUCAGAAUUAACCGAGUCCGCAUUAUACUCUGACCGUUGAAGUUAUAGUGACGACACAUUGACAAGGCUAACUAUAUUGGCGAUAUUGAUUCCGAGACCUAAUUAUCAGGAUCAAGAUCUAGAGAACUAUGAGAAAUUCAGCGAUCAAAUGAAUUAUGCAUGAUACAAUGGACGAGCAGGAGAGUUCCAC